AUGGCAGCCACCCACAACGUGAAGGCUAGCCUGGAGAUCACGAAGGGCGCCACCGUGCUCGACCCCAUUCCGUUGGACACCAGCACCUCUAAUUCCUUCCAUGAUGAGGACACCAUGCUUCUAGGGCCGUAUCCUACUGAAGAGGAAUGGGCGACCCUCCCUCGUGUUCCUGGUAGUAUCCCAUGGACUGCCUGGACCGUUGCCUUCGUCGAGUUCGCUGAGCGUUUCUCCUACUACGGAACAAGCGCUGUCUUCGUCAACUUCAUCCAGAAGAAACUGCCUCCUCAUUCGAGGACUGGUGCUGGGUUCCUUAAGAAACCGGGUUCGGGUGCUUUGGGCAUGGGACAGCGUGCUUCGACCGGACUGACAACAUUCAACCAAUUUUGGUCGUACAUCACGCCACUUCUUGGAGCAUGGGUUGCUGAUGAGUACUGGGGUCGUUACAAGACUAUCCAGAUCGCCAACUAUAUCUCCAUCAUUGGCCACAUCAUCUUGAUCUUCUCGGCAAUCCCACAGGUUAUCGUCAAGCCUAAUGUAGCUCUCGCAAUCUUCACUGUCGGACUGGUUGUCAUGGGAUUCGGUACAGGCGGUUUCAAGUCGAACAUCUCGCCACUCAUCGCCGAACAAUACAAAGACCAGAAGGCUUAUGUGCGCGUCAAGAAGAACGGCAAGAAGGAGAUUGUCGACCCUGCUACGACGACUGCGCGUAUCUACAUCUACUUCUACCUUCUUAUCAACAUGGGGAGCUUGACGGGCAGCUUGGCAAUGGUUUAUUCGGAACACUUUGUGGGCUUUUGGCUCUCUUACACACUGCCAACCAUCUGCUACCUCGUCUGCCCUGGUAUCCUUAUGUACUUCAAGAAGUCAUACAAGCUUACACCACCCACGGGAUCCGUCCUAGGAAAAGCAUGGAAAGUGAUCAGGCUGGGCAGCAAACACUCUCCGAAGAAGAAUGUUUUCAAGGACGAUGAUUUCUGGAACAGGAUCAAGCCGAGCGCGAUGCGUGCGCGAGGUGAUACCAUCCCUGCCUGGAUGACAUUUGACGACGCAUGGAUCGACGAGGUACGCCGUGGCGUAGUCGCUUGCAAAGUCUUCCUUUGGUACCCUCUAUACUGGCUUGCCUACAAUCAGAUGACUGGCAAUCUCGUUUCACAGGCCAGCACAAUGAAGUUGGGAAAGACACCUAACGACAUUGUGUCAAAGCUGAACCCGAUCUUCAUUAUCAUCAUCAUCCCACUCAUGGAUUUUGUGAUUUACCCUGCUCUCCGGAAGAUGGGUGUCAACUUCACUCCUAUCAAGAAGAUCACUUGUGGUUUUGCGCUAAGUUCUUUUGCCAUGGUGUCAGCUUGUGUUAUUCAAUAUUACAUCUACAAGAUGUCCCCAUGCGGCAACCGGAUCAACGCGCUUUCCGACGAAGGAGAAGAUUGCAGCGCCAACAUCACCGUCUGGGUCCAAGUUUUCCCCUACGGUCUGAUUGGAAUGUCCGAGGUCCUGGCCUCCAUCACCAAGCUCGAAUACGCAUACACUAAGGCUCCCAACAACAUGAAGUCAACCGUCCAAGCCAUCGCUCUGUCCACAUCCGCUGUCUCGGCCGCUCUCGGUCAGGCUUUGGUCAGUCUGUCUGAAGACCCACUUCUCGUAUGGAACUACGGCUCUGUUGCUGUUGUUGCGAUGGCUGGUGGUGUUGGUUUCUACUUGACGUUCCGUAAGGCCGACAAGGAGGAGGACGCUAUGAACAACCUCCAGGAGUCUUCUUAUCUUGGCCACGAGGGAGCUGACGCGGAGAGUACCGCAGAGACCCACCAUGUCAGAGAUGAGAAGAACGAGAAAGGUGCUUCCAACUAG